UUAAUGCUAAACACGUGGGUCGGAUAGCAAAAUAAGAUUUCCAUUGUACUUCGAAUUGGAACUAGAUCUGUCCGGUGGAUCAAGGGUUUUUCGUUAGGCAAGGCGGCUGGUAUCAGAACAAUCUUCCCUAUAGCUGAGAUCUUUCGAUGGCGCAAGAGUUGAAUUAUUUAUAUGCGGCUGCAGGGAUGGAAACUGCUGCAUCAGGUUUUUCGAUGGAGCAAGAGUUGGCUGAUUGGUCGGAACUUCAAUAUGAUCUGCUUGCUCUAAUUGCUAGGCGUUUGAAUCUCAUUGAAGACUAUCUAAAUUUUGGCUCUGUCUGCAAAUCCUGGCACUCUGUGUCCACCAAGGACAAUUUCAACAAUUACCUCUGUAGAGCUCCUUGGUUGAUGCUAGCGGAGGAAGAGGAUGAUGACGGAAAUUCCAUUCGGAAAUUCUUCAGCCUCUAUAAUGGCAUGAUUUUGAACAAGAGAAUUCCGAAAGCCCGCAGAAAACGGUGUAUGGAGUCUAUGGGUUGGCUUAUCAUGAUAGGAGAAGAGGAAGGUGAAAUUAGUAUGCUGCAUCCCUUCUCUGGUGUUGAAAUUGAAUUACCCCAUCAAAAUACCACCGUAGAAUACAAUCGUUACCGGACUGGCUUGAAGAUGUACUUUUUUUACAAGGCAGUUUUGUCCUCUAGUCCUUCUCAUACAUCCGACUACAUUCUCGUGGUCAUUGAAGGAGCAUUUAAGUUCCUAAGUUUCUGGAGACCAGGUGAUAUUAGAUGGACUAGACUUAAAUUUCAAGGAACUGAUCGCGUCGGUACGGCUUUUUAUGAUUUGAUAUAUUUUAAUGGCCAAAUUUAUGCUUUGGAUUAUUCCGGUAUUCUGAUAGUUUUUGAUGUUGCUGAUGCUGUUGGCACCCAACCUACUAAAUAUCAUAUCGUAGCGCACAUGCCACUUCCACCUCAACUUCGUCGUGAACAGUUAUACAUUGUAGAAUCACUAGGAUCAUUAUUUGUAAUUUUGCGAGAUGGUGUUCAUUUAAGGUUACCCAAAGAUGAUCGUGACAGGAUACCAUUAAAGCUCAUCCCAGAUGAUGAUGAUGAUGAUGAUGACUACACAUAUGGGACAACCAAUUUUCGAGUUUUCCAAGUCGAUUCAGCUGCUGGCAUAAUGACGGAAACCAGGGAAUUAGGGGACACAACUUUUUUUCUAGGUGCUAAUAGUUCUCUCUCAGUCCAAGCUUGUCAAUUUCCAGGAAUCAAGCCCAAUCAUAUUUAUUUUACAGACGAUUGUUUUUUAACAUACCUAGCCUAUGAAGAAGGAGGAGGGUUGGACAUGGGGGUGUUCAACCUAGCAGAUGGAAGCAUUCAGCCGCAUUACAAUGGUGUUUCCCUCAGUCGUUUUUGUCCUCCAACUUGGUUCUUUUGUUUCUCGCGGUGCUCUGGAUGAACAUCAUCAAAUUGGCCCUAUACAUUACAAGCUGGGAUCAGUUGCUACCUUGUUUCUGUUUGAAUUGAAAUGAAGAAAGUCAGUGAAGAGGAGAAAGAAGCCAAGGAAGCUCAAGUUUUGACUACUGGGAAGCUUCUCAAUCAAACGAAAUUCAGAGACAAUAUUGGGUCUAUAUCUUAGCUGGUCCAAAUGCAGAAUUUUCUCUUGGGAUCCUGUUCUUCUUAACUCUCUUCUGGCUCUUCUAGCUUUUCAAAAUAUUCAAUUUUGGUUAUUAAAGCUCUUCUUAAGCAUUAAUCUAUCUAAAUUUUAGCAUCCAAGAAAGGUGCUUCAGAGCAAGACGCACUCAACUACAAAGGGUUUCAAGUAAAAAGGAAUCAAUGGCACGGCAACCGAAGGAAAAGAAAGUCGAGAUUGGAAAAGUGUUUCGACGCAAUGCAGAGCUAGAGGAGUGUGCAGCGCUACUGAGUGCAGAGGCGCAAGCCUGGUAGGCAAGGGCUAGAGAGGAGGAAUUCGCCGCAGCAAUGCUACAGGCACAACUGCAAGCUGCAGCAGGCGAUGAUGAUGUAUUUGCUCGACAUCUUUUGUCUAUCGAUGGAAGGAACUAGUGAAACUUUGAGUUGAAAAUACAUUGAAAAAUAAAAAGACAAGGGUUAGUUGCUGGCAGACAUUUCCUUCAUGUUUUAUUAGAGAGAAGCUUGCCAUGGAAUUGGAGGAGGAUAGAAGAUCACGGAAAGAGUGAGAACAUUGUUGAAAUAUUUUCAGGUAACACUCCACUUAGGACACGAUGAGAUGCUUGGAUUUCAUCUAAAUCAAUCCUUGCUUUUGGUUUGUUGGCCACUUACAGAGAUAAAAAUACAAUAAUUUUUGUGGAUCAAAAUAUUUAGUGUGAUCAAGAUGAAGAGUAGUGAAGAUGUUGGUGGAGAUUUCUUAUUUCGAAAUGCAGAUUGAAAUUGACAGUAAAUUCUUGGAGGAAGAGAACAUUAUGGAUUACAGCCUCUUGUUAGGUGUUCAUUAUAGAGCACCUCAACACCUACAAUCUCUCAUUUCAUGUAGUGGACGCACCACGGCAGAUGGACUAGAAAUUGUUGCAGAAGAAGAGUCUCUGGAGGAUGAAAUAUCGCCACAGGGCCUUGUUUUGGUCCCACGUGGAAGUGAUGAUAGAGUCGUUGUGGGUCCUCAUGUCAGAGGCAGCCGAUUACGAGCGUCAUCAGCUACCGGUGAUGCGGAAGUGGACCUCCUCCUCCCCGGGACAGCAAGAUUCCAGAUUCAGCUUGGGGUGAAUAUGCCAGCAAGGGCUGAGUACAUACCAAAAGAAGGUCAAACACAGGUGUUCCACGAAGUAUAUGACGUUGUGUUAUACCUCGGGAUCAUUGAUAUAUUGCAAGAAUACAACAUGAGCAAGAAGUUAGAACAUGCUUACAAAUCGAUUCAGUUUGAUUCUGUUUCCAUUUCUGCAGUUGACCCAACGUACUACUCGGAGAGGGUCUUGGAGUUCAUUCGGAAGGUCUUCCCUACAUAUGCUGUAGCAACUUGAACAGUAUCCUUAGCUGUUAUCAUUGAAAUUCAUCGAAACUUAGCUGUUACCAUGGCAGAGAGACACAGCUGCUGUUUGUAAUUUAUUGAAGAGUGUAUAAUGCGGAUUAUGGAUUAGUAGUUUAUAGCAAUGCAUAUAUGAAUAUAUUUUCUAAAAUUGGUAUAACAUUAUAUGUUGGCACGCAUGCUA